GCCGGACACGUCACACAUAUUCGUGGCAGUGGGGCUGGGCUUCCACGUGGAGUUCACCCGCCUUGAAGCCAAGGAGUUUGCCGCCUCCAAGGUCGAGCAUUUGAGAAACCCCCAAACCCCAUUGCUUAUAGUGGAAAGAACUAGUAACCCCCUCUCCAUCCCCCUCCCCACUUACUCAGUUCCCUCCCCAUACCCGUUCCUCCCUUGA